UGGCUUCAUAUCAUGGAAAAAUAUGGCUUCUGUGGAGAUAUUUGACUUGGCCUAAUUUUAUGGCAUUUUGAGAUUCAACUAGCAUUUAUUAAGCAUUCCUAAACGAGGCAGUCUGGGGGUGAUCUGCAGUACAUGAGGAAAAUCCAAUGUUAGAGUUGUCAGAUGUGUGCCUUGUAAGUUCAUUCAGUGCCUGCAGGGUGGAGACAGAGGUGUGCAGUAGGAAGUGUCUGUGCAUGCCACAUCUCAAAGCAUUCAGUGUUGAAUAGCCCAAAUAGUCAUCACACAAGCCUUGAAGAAGAUGCUGGAUAAGUCAUGGAUUUAUAUUUUAGCUCUGUUGCUGACUCCUUUGUACAAACUUCUUAAGUUUGUAUAUCAUUCUCUUGAAUUGAAAAUUGAGACUGGCAUUCUUUAUGAGGUGGAUUUUGUGAACAACAGUGUGGCUCCCAGUGUACAGAUGCCCUCAGCAAACCUUCAUUUCCUCAGGGCUGGGGUGUGGCUCAGUGGUAGAGCGCUUGCCAAGCAAGCAUGAGGCACUGGGUUCGAUCCUCAGCACCACAUAAACAUAAAAUAAAGAUAUUGUGAAUGUGUCCACCUAAAACUAAAAUAUAAAUAUAUAUAUAAAUAAAACCCUUCAUUUCCUUUCUCCAUGCUGUGGGCAUGGUGGUCAUUCAGAGAUUAGGCUAAGAUAAUAUGCUAUAAACUCUAAUUUUCUCACAUGCUAAGAAAAGAAUAAUAUGUAGUUUUGAAGAUAAAGUGAAAUAAUAUGUGAAGAAUAACUUUAUAAAUUGAAACCGUAAUGCCACAUACUCUUAUUUGUAUUAAAGAAAAGCAUUGUAGGAGAUAUUUUGAAGUUUUAAUUAAGGGAGGAACACUGAAAAUGUAGUUCAAAUCUUAGAUAUUGGAUAUAGAUUCCGGUAACUACUUUCUGUAAUCACUUCAGACUUCUGUAUGCUUCAUGUUUUAUAAGUACAAGUGUAGUCUAAAUCAUAUGUUGGAGAUUAGGAAGUGUCAGAUAAUCAAUUUUUAGCUUACUGCUUUUUGCAAAUCUGUAAACAUUAGCAAGGAAAAUGGUUUACUUUCUUCAUCCAAAUAGCAAAAGGAAUAAAUAAUAAUGCUGUAGCAGCUCUAGACCUUGAUGCUGAUAAUCAUUUGGGCAUCAGACCUCAAUUUUGUUUGCUUUUUCCUACGGGUAAAUGGAAAAAUUGCUAGUAUUAAUAGUGUAGUUUGGACAUACUAUAUUUUAGAUUAGAGACUCAAGAGCUAAUUCUAGUUAUUUAUUCCUAAAAAUUGUAUGCCAUUAGCUAACAAAAUAUUUGGAGGAAUUGUAUUGCUUACCUUAUAAAUCAGAUUUCUUGUUUAUAGUAUCCUCUUUUGGUGGUUUUCAGAAUACAAAUGACAUGUUAUUCAUAACACCAGUGACAUGAACCAAUGACAUGUGGUAUAUAUGAAGAUACCAGUUUCAUACAGAAGAAUUUUUCUGUUCUCAUCUAGUGGCUGAUCUACAGAGUGCUAGGGUUUGAAGAUGAGCUCAGAGACUUGUCACCUUGCAGGUGGCAUAUAAGGGACAGGGAAGUUGUUUGCAUGAUGUGAAAUGUAGUGCCUGGUUCAGGAGCUGAUGGUCUUGGGUCUAGUAUUUUACAGUCAGUGUUUGUGUUGCCUCUGAAAGUGUGAUCAGCUCUGCCUUUUAAUUUCUAGAUCAUGUGGUUUGUCAGAAGAGCACUGAAUGAAAAGAGUCCAGAAACCAACUUCUUGAGUAAAAUCGCUUAUCCUGGUUGAUUAUUCUAGACCUUCAGCAAAACACAGGAAAAUAGCUACUUCAUUUCGUGACACUUCUCUCAAAGACAUAUUAGUGCUAGCGUGUUCUCUUCUAAAAGAGGUAUUGGCCAAACCUUUAAAUCUUCAAGAUCAAUUUCAACAGAAUCUGGUGAUGCAGGUCUUGAAACUGGUCCUCAACUGCCUCAACUUUGACUUCAUUGGCAGUUCAGCAGAUGAGUCUGCAGAUGAUCUUUGCACAGUACAGAUUCCAACAACCUGGAGAACAAUUUUCCUGGAACCAGAAACAUUGGAUCUUUUCUUCAAUUUGUAUCAUUCACUUCCACCACUGCUGUCUCAGUUAGCACUUGCGUGUUUAGUUCAGUUUGCUUCUACAAGAAGGUCCUUAUUUAGCAGUCCUGAACGUGCCAAGUACCUUGGUAAUUUAAUUAAGGGAGUGAAAAGGAUACUUGAAAACCCUCAGGGUUUGUCUGAUCCAGGUAAUUAUCAUGAAUUUUGUCGAUUUUUGGCUCGUUUAAAGACAAAUUAUCAACUGGGAGAGUUAGUUAUGGUCAAGGAGUAUCCUGAAGUUAUCAGAUUGAUUGCUAAUUUUACUAUUACUAGCCUACAGCAUUGGGAGUUUGCUCCAAACAGUGUUCAUUAUUUAUUAACUCUGUGGCAGAGGAUGGUAGCAUCAGUUCCUUUUGUGAAAUCAGCUGAGCCCCACUUACUAGACACUUAUGCACCUGAAAUCACAAAGGCCUUUAUCACGUCUCGAUUGGACUCUGUUGCCAUAGUUGUGAGAGACCAUUUAGAUGACCCACUGGAUGAUACUGCUACUGUGUUUCAGCAGCUGGAGCAGUUGUGCACUGUCAGCAGAUGUGAAUAUGAAAAGACGUGCUCUCUUCUUGUACAGUUAUUUGACCAGAAUGCACAGAAUUACCAAAAACUUCUGCAUUCAGCUUCUGGGAUAACUGUGGACAUGGCAAUUCAGGAAGGACGUCUUGCAUGGCUCGUUUAUUUAGUUGGGACAGUUGUAGGAGGAAGAUUAACAUAUACCAGUACAGAUGAGCACGAUGCUAUGGAUGGAGAGUUAUCCUGUAGAGUUUUUCAGCUUAUAUCUUUAAUGGAUACUGGAUUGCCUCACUGUUCCAAUGAGAAAAUAGAGCUUGCAGUUUUAUGGUUCUUGGAUCAGUUUCGUAAAACAUAUGUUGGUGAUCAGCUUCAAAGAACCUCAAAGGUAUAUGCCCGUAUGUCAGAAGUAUUAGGAAUAACAGAUGACAACCAUGUUCUAGAAACAUUCAUGACGAAAAUUGUUACAAAUCUUAAAUACUGGGGAAGAUGUGAGCCUAUAAUUUCAAGGACUCUUCAGUUCCUAAAUGACCUUUCUGUUGGCUAUAUCCUUUUAAAAAAACUUGUGAAAAUAGAUGCUGUGAAGUUCAUGCUGAAGAACCACACGAAUGAACACUUCCCCUUUCUUGGCAUCAGUGACAGUUACAGUCUCAGUGACUUCAGGUGCCGAACAACCUUCUACACAGCCCUCACUCGCCUUCUGAUGGUAGAUCUAGGCGAAGAUGAGGAUGAAUUUGAGAAUUUCAUGCUGCCUCUUACAGUCUCUUUUGAAACAGUAUUACAGAUAUUCAACAACAACUUCAAACAAGAAGAUGUAAAGCGUAUGUUGAUUGGGCUGGCAAGAGAUCUUCGAGGGAUUGCCUUUGCACUGAACACAAAGACCAGCUACACCAUGCUGUUUGACUGGAUGUACCCAACGUAUCUCCCAGUUCUGCAGAGGGCUGUUGAGCAGUGGUACUCGGAGCCAGCGUGCACAACUCCCAUCUUGAAGCUUAUCGCAGAACUGAUGCAGAACAGGUCCCAGCGUUUGAAUUUUGAUGUAUCAUCUCCUAAUGGAAUUCUUCUCUUCAGAGAAGCUAGUAAAAUGAUUUGCACUUAUGGUAAUCAGAUCCUGUCUCUUGGGAGCCUCUCAAAAGAUCAGAUUUAUCCAAUGAAACUCAAGGGCAUCUCCAUCUGCUAUUCAGCUCUCAAAUCUGCCUUAUGUGGAAAUUAUGUCAGCUUUGGCGUCUUCAAGUUGUAUGGGGACAACCAUUUUGACAAUGUACUCCAGGCCUUUGUCAAAAUGCUGCUGUCGGUGUCCCACAGUGACUUGCUACAAUAUCGGAAACUGAGCCAGUCGUAUUAUCCACUCCUGGAAUGUCUCACCCAGGACCACAUGAGCUUCAUCACCAACUUAGAGCCUCCUGUGCUCCUGUAUGUCCUCACUUCUAUCUCAGAAGGACUCACUACUCUUGAUACAGUCGUCUGCUCCAGCUGCUGUGCCAGUCUAGACUACAUCGUCACCUACCUCUUCAAGCACAUAGCGAAAGAGGGCAAGAAGCCACUUCGCUGCAGAGAGGCUGCCCAGGCUGGUCAGAGACUAUUACAUUUUAUGCAGCAAAACCCAGAUGUCCUGCAGCAGAUGAUGUCUGUCCUCAUGAACACCAUUGUCUUUGAAGACUGUCGGAAUCAGUGGUCGGUAUCCAGGCCUCUCCUGGGGCUUAUCCUGCUCAAUGAGAAGCAUUUCAGUGAACUUCGAGCAAGUCUGAUAAACAGCCAGCCUCUCCCCAAGCAGGAAGUCCUUGCCCAGUGCUUCAGGAACUUGAUGGAAGGAGUGGAGCAGAACCUGUCCAUCAAGAACAGAGACAGGUUCACCCAGAACCUCUCUGUCUUCAGAAGAGAUGUGGCAGAGGCCCUGCGCUGCGAUGGCCACACAGAACCGUGCAGCCUGGACAUGAUGAGCUGACCCGAGUCCUGCCGGGUGCCGAGCAGUCUACCAGGACAGCAGCGCUGGCUGGCCCAGGGGGAUCUGGUUUUCAAAACAAAUGACAGACUCCCUCCCUUUUUAUAAGUCUCGCCUAAUUACACAAAUUUAUAACAGUACACACGCAGUGUAAAUUCGGUCUUUGCUCUGACAAAGCAAAACAUGUUCAGUCUUUCUGCCGAGAGCGUUCUCCGCCCUCACAGUGCUCUGAAAGGGCAUAGAGCGAUAUUUAACCAAAGAGCCUAAUAACCCAGGUUUGCCUAGCCUUGCACUCGGCGAUGGUUCUACAGUCAAGGCCGUCAGCGUGUUGGUGAUGCAGACUUCAGUGCGGAUCCUGCAUUGAGACAAAUGCCACUUAAACCUGUGAAAUUAGUAGUUUGCUUUGUGUCUACAAGAAGCCGCUUUGGGGACUCUGGGCUGUUUAGAAGGAGCCUCCCCCAGGAGCUGCAGGCUCUGCCCCCGCAGCCUCCAAUAGAGCUGAGAGACACUAACACAAUUAAACGACUCACAAACAAUGCCUGCCAUCACUGGCACGCAUCUGAGUGGUUGAGUCUAGAGUUAAGCUGUGCGGCUGCAGGGGGGUCUUCAGGAGGAGUCUGGUAGGCCCUGGAAGAAGUUCCGGUCCAGCAGCACCUGGCCUUCUGGCUCCCUUUAGUUUUUAAGAGAAGCUCAAGGAACUCAAAUAUAAUAUUUGGAGCAGCUCUACUUUCUUGGGCCGCCCAAAACAGUUCUAGGUGCUACAGUUGAGGUUUUGCGGAGCACACCUGUUCCCAUCCCUUCACACAGACCCGCACUGCUGGGGGACUGCGACUCAGUCCAGCCCAGAGGUGCAGAGGGCCUGCUCAGCCUGCCACUGCGCAACCAGGCUAUUAAUUUGAGCUCACCACUGUCAGAUGGUGUUUGUGUCUCACUGCUCUGUCCAUGGUUCAGGCGUAUAAUAAAUACGGUGCCCUUUGUUUCUGAUAAGACAUGAAAGGUCGGCCUUACUGUUGAGCAAGCAGUCAUCCACAGGCUCCUGUUGUAAUCUCAUUUCUCAGACUAGUGUGUCUCAACCCUUCUUGGUAGUUGAGCUUUGCAACAGGCCUGUCAUAUGAAAGCGCAGUCGUCCACGUUUAGCUCAAAGUGUUCAUCUUCCCUGUGGAGGAAGUCGGAAAACUGUUACUGGUGGGAUUCCUUCCAGUGUUUGAUGGAUAAAGAAGCUGGGGCCUUACUCUGUUUUCCUUGAGAAGUCGAAUUCUGGACUCUAUAAACCUCAGCGGUCAAGAGAAGUUGACAAGGAUUCCUGUUUCUUGGAGGCUUGUAACUGCACUAGUCCCACAAAGAUGCAUCCUAGAAGCCUCAUCCCAUUCAGCACUGUUUUCUUUACAAAUGUCUGGGAUCCAAAAGCACUAUAUUGUUUGCAUUAAAAUGUUCACAAGAAAA